UCACGGCGCUCGGCCGGUACAAACGCUCACGCCUGUUCCCGCACUCUGUCGGCUGUGGACCGGCGGAGGGCUGCAGGACGGGACCGGGACCGCAGCACCGGGGCAAAACAGAACCUCCACCCGGGGAUGGACAGAACCAAGGACGGCUGGAGCGAGAGGAAGGCAACAUGGAGAAACCCCCGCUGACCUCCGAGGAUUUGCUUUCUCAUGGAACGUAAAAAUGUUUUUCCUCAGCGCGUAAGCCAGCUUCCUGCUGCCGCCGAACAUUCAGGAAGAGGACAUUACGGACUGACUGAAGGAGUCAGGGCACAUGUGAACAGAUGACUCACAUAUGAGUGAUAGAUGACCGAACUGCGUCUGGGUCAUUCCUCUCGCCGACCAUGGAGCUAACCGUACCAGCACAAAGGGAGAAAGUGCUUUUUAACAGCUUGUGACCUUCAUAUAUUUAUCUUACCAAUGACAAAACAAGUUGCAAUCUCAGGCGGUGGAGAGGCAAUGACCUAAUUCAGAUUAAAUGACCUCAUACUGAUAAGUAGUCCGCCUCCUCACCGGGUGAUGGAACAUAAUCACAAAUGGACUCUUAUCAUAGAUGCUGGAGUGUGUGAGGUUACUUGAUAUUCUCUGUGUGAAUGUGUGUGUGUGUGUGUGUGUGUGUGUGGAUGGGUGUUUAAGUAGAGGUGUGAGUUUCGAUGCUAAAUGCAGCAAUGUUGCGCCGUGGACUACUUACCUGGGUGUCCCGUGUUGGGGGAGUGCUGGUGCUCUUCUGCUGCUCCCUGUCUCUGCUCUAUGUGAUGACCUGCAGCCCUCCGCACUCCGAUGACCCGCCGCUGAGUCAUGCAUUACCCCGUGCUGGAUCCAAUCACCCCAGCCAGGGGGGCACACGGCCGGGGAUGGGAGCAGGGGCUGGGGGGACAGGAGGCGCCGGAGUUGGGCCCGCUCAAAGCGGCAGAUCGCCGGGUGUCCAGUCAUACCAGGUGCUCCUCCAAGAGCGCGAGGAGCAGCACCGCCACCACAUCUCCUCCCUGAAAAAAGAGAUAGCUCAGCUGAAGGAGGCUCUGCAGGAGCGCAGCCAGCAGCUGAAAGGAGUGCAGGAGAGCCUGAAGAGAGGGGCCGGGGGCCCGGCAGAGGGACAGGAAGCCGGGCUUGGGUCCCAGGGAGGUGGUCUCGGGGACAUUCAAGGGGCCAAGAGCCCGCAGGCUGAUCUCCAGGAGUUCCUGAGGAGCCAGAUGUCAAAGGCGGAGGUGACCGCCGGCAUCAGGCUGCCCAGUGAGUACGCGGUGGUGGCGUUUGAGAGUUUCACCCUGCAGAGGGUCUACCAGCUGGAGAUGGGCCUGACGCGUCACCCUGAGGAGAAGCCGGUGAGGAGGGACAAGAGAGAGGAGCUGGGGGAGGUGCUGGAGACGGCGAUGCACAGCCUCAACGCACCUUCAUCGCCGAAGGACAGCAGGGGAGCGGCAGAAAAGAGUCAGAGUAGCAAAGUUUACGCACCAUCUGACUUCAUAGAAGGCAUCACUCGUACAGAGAAGGACAAAGGGACGCUGUACGAGCUGACCUUCAGAGGGGAGUCGAGUAAUGAAUUCAGACGACUGGUCCUGUUCCGGCCCUUUGGACCGCUGAUGAAGGUGAAGAACGAGAGGGUGGACACGUCCGACGUCCCGAUCAACAUCGUCGUCCCGCUGUCCAGGCGCACGGACAAGUUCAAACAGUUCAUGCAGAACUUCAGGGAAGUCUGUGUGCGUCAGGACGGCCGGGUCCAUCUGACAGUGGUGUAUUUCGGGAGAGAGCAGAUGAGCGAGGUCCGCAGCACUCUGGAGAACACGUCCAGGGAAGUCAAUUUUAAGAACUACACUCUGCUGCAGCUGGACGAGGAGUUUUCUCGGGGACGAGGUCUAGACGUCGGGGCCCGAGCCUGGACGGGAGGCAACGUGCUGCUCUUCUUCUGCGACGUGGACAUCUACUUCACCGCGGACUUCCUCAACAGCUGCCGACUCAACACACAGCCCGGUAAAAAGGUUUUCUACCCGGUGUUAUUCAGCCAGUACAACCCCACUCUGAUCUAUGGAAGCCUUGAACACAUCCCAACUGUGGAGCAGCAGCUGGUGAUCAAGAAAGACACGGGGUUCUGGAGGGAUUUCGGCUUCGGCAUGACCUGCCAGUACAGGUCCGACUUCAUCAACAUAGGAGGUUUUGACAUCGACAUCAAAGGCUGGGGCGGCGAGGACGUCCACCUCUACAGGAAGUACGUCCACAGCAACCUCCUAGUGGUGCGAGCGCCGUCGCGAGGCCUGUUCCACCUGUGGCACGAGAAGCACUGCGCCGACGAGCUCCCGCCGGACCAGUAUCGCAUGUGCAUGCAGUCGAAGGCCAUGAACGAGGCCUCGCACGGCCAGCUGGGGAUGCUGUUCUUCAGGCAAGAGAUCGAGGCUCACCUCCGCAAACAGAAACAGCAGCACAACUCCAGCCCCAAGAAAACUUGAAGGUGAAGAAACUUGCGAUGACUGUAAUCAGCCUCAAAGUGACAAGCUGAUCUGAGCUGUGUCCGAUUUCUAAAGGAAUAGUUCAACUUUUUUUUUCCCCCAAUCUGCCUGUUUGCUUUCUUUUCAAAGAGUUCAACAAGAUGAUGAAUUCUACUCUCACCUGUUCGCAAAAAAUGUGGAGCUGGAGUUCAGCGCGUGGUUGGCUUAGCUUAGCAUUUGGACUGGAAACAAGGGUCUGGCUCUGUACUACAAAGAUGAAAAAAAAGCCUACCAAAGUAUUCGAGUAAACACUUAUAUCACACAAUUAGAAAUCCCGAAUUGAAAAAGUAAAAAGAAUGAUAGAAUAAUCAUGAAAAUGUGUUUAAAUUAUUACAAGUUGAGGUAUUCCAUCCAAGAAAAUGGCCCUGUGACUGUUAUAUAGUUAUAGUAGUAGAGUACUAAAUAUUUAGCAUAGUACAUUACUGGAGUAAAUACACCUAGUUACCUUCCACCACUGCCAGUAUUCACGCAGAGCUAAGUUAAAGCGCUACUGGAUGUAACUUCAUAUGUGUACAGAUGUGAGAGAGGUAUCAGUCUUCUCACAUAACUCUUAGAAAGAGCGUGAAUACGCAUAUUUCCCAGAGCGUCAAACAAUUUGCCAUAAUGAAAAAUGUGAAGACUCUUUUGAGGAAAUGUCGCAGGGUUCAGAGCAUUGUUAUUGCUCUGUCGCAGCUGGACAACAUGCCGUUACAGGUGAGCUAAAUAAAAGCGAGUUGGGCAAUAAUAUCUCAACAACUUUUGUGCAUAACUAAACAACUUUAGUCGACUUGAUUCUGCCCGAUACAUCCAUCUGUACUCAAACGUCCAUUUGUGUUUUCCUGUGUAACGGCAGCAAGGCCUUUGAGACAGAAAACACUGGGCCUAACUUUGAGGUGCAACAUCUCUGAACCGUGUGCCUUGUGUGGAGUAAACCUGAGCACUGUCUCCUCAGGACGGCCAGUGACAAUUUAAAGCAACCUGCAGGUAUUUCAAUGUAGGGAAACAGAGCCACCUAGUGGACUGAGAACGAAACAACGUGUAGGUCAAUAAACAAUGAAGGACUUGUUCAAAGCCUGCAAUGGCCAUGAAAAACAUUUUUUUUUAUAAAUUAUUGAUUUAACUAUCUUAUUUUAUUAUUUAUGCUUGGUAUUAUUUUGUAAAUGUCACCAUUUAUAAGGUUUGUUUUUUCUCUGUUGUCAUUCAAAAUUCAGUAUUGUGUGUGUGUGUGCGUGCGUGUGUUUGUGUGUGCGUGUGUGUGUGUGUGCGUGUGUGCGUGUGUGUGUGUGUGCGUGUGCCAUUCACCUCUUUUAUUAAGUGAGAGUUGGUGUUGAGUCAAAGGAAAAUAUGCCAUGAAUUGCAUUACUUAUAGUUAUUUGUGAGUACUUAUACUUCUAAGUGUAAGAGUUAUGUAUGUGUGCUCUCAAUAUGAUUAAACAUUUUUUUAAUGUUUUUUUAUGUUCAAAAGAUAAAACAUAAUUUUGGCUGAUUUCUGUUUUUGUCACAUAAUGUGUGGACACAUAAUGGAAAAAUCAUGGAUUGACAGUUAUACUGUUCACUGUCAUGACACUGACGAUGACUUAAAAAGUCAGAAUGAGCCUUUUGAUUAUCAUAUUUUUGUUUCUGAUGAUCAUAAACCACCUUGACGGUUGCUCACUUUUGUAUUUUUCCACAUUUAGUCACACAUAACUUUUUCUCCAGCACUUCUUCAAUCCAAUCAAAACAAUCUGUAAGAUGUGAAAAAGGCACUUCUUUUUUUUGUUAUUAUUUCAUUAAAACAUUCCUUGACAUAAUAUACAUCCAAUUUCUUUCUUUGCAUUUGAAGUUAUUUGUUUGGUUUCAUGUAAAUUAGUUGAAUAAAACAUUUGUGUAUUGAAUAUA